GCCAUGAAAUAAUUCUCAACAACAUUUUUUACAGAUCUUCUAAAAGGUCAGUAAAUCUGAUCCCUGAGGAGCCAGAAGAUAUGUGGCAUGCCUACAAUAUGGUACAAGUUGGUGAUUAUUUACGAGGGACGACCAUCAGGAAAGUAACAUUAGAAUCAUCAACUGGUAGUGUGAGUGCUAAUAAAGUUCGAACCAUGUUAAAUAUUGAAGUAGAGGCAGUAGAUUUCGACAGCCAGGCCUGUGUUUUAAGGGUCAAAGGUCGCAAUGUUUCUGAAAAUCAAUAUGUUAAGCUUGGUGCCUAUCAUACCCUAGAUCUGGAAUUAAAUAGAAAAUUUACUCUAGGUAAACAUCAUUGGGACAGUAUAGCUUUAGAAAGAUUAGAUUAUGCAUGUGACCCGACCCAGCAUGCUGAUUUAGCUGCCGUGGUGAUGCAGGAAGGAUUGGCUCAUGUCUGUUUGAUAACUUCCUGUAUGACUUUAGUUCGUGCCAAAUUAGAAACUCAUAUUCCUCGUAAACGUAGAGGUUCUUGUGAACAACACACUAAGGGAUUGAACCGAUUCUAUGAUCAGAUAUUACAGGCUAUUUUACGGCAUGUCAAUUUUGAAGUUGUUAAAUGUGUGCUGAUAGCCAGUCCAGGGUUUGUUAAAGAUCAGUUUUCGGAGUAUCUAUUUUCUCAGGCUAUUAAACAAGAUUUAAAAGUUAUUACAGAAAAUAAAUCCAAGUUUGUUUUAGUUCAUUCUUCAUCAGGAUUCAAACAUUCUUUAAAAGAAGUAUUAGCAGACCCUACAGUUACUGCUAGACUAGCUGAUACCAAGGCUGCAGGAGAGGUCAGAGCUUUAGAUGAUUUCUAUCAAAUGUUACAGAAUGAUCCAGAUAGAGCCUUUUAUGGUAUUAAACCUAUAGAAAAAGCUGCUGAAUUAAACGCGAUAGAAACUUUAAUGGUGUCUGAUGAAUUAUUUAGGUCUAAUGAUAUCAAGAAAAGAAAACGAUAUGUAAAAUUAGUAGAUUUAGUUCGUGAUAAUGGUGGAGAUGUUAAAAUAUUUUCUAGUUUACAUGUUUCUGGUGAACAAUUAGGUCAAUUAUCGGGUGUAGCUGCAAUAUUACGAUAUCCCAUGUCGGAUGAGAUGUCCGAUGAAGAUUAACGAACCAAAACUUUAGCCACCUAAUUAUAAUGAACGUCUUUCAGUUUGAUACUCUUGCUUGUCCCGAAAUACUUCUAUAUAUAUAUAUGAAUUGCUAAACUCUGUCAGUAUUUGCUGGAGAUAUUGACUUAGAAUACUGCUAAAUUUAAUUGAUAUUGACUACUUCGGAAAUGGCCUAUGGGAAUUUUAAUACAGACCUUGAUCUUUAGACCUCUGAUCAGGAGAGAAGGAUUUUACUGAGGUUUUCUAAAUUUUGUAUGUGUUGAGGACACUGAUGGCAUCAAUUAACACAAAAACUAUUCAACUUGGAGUGAAGUCAGUCUGUGAAUUUCAACAGAAAAAUAAUGAAUGUAUAAUGAAAUCUUCAAAUGUGAAAUUAUAAAUUCAACUAGCUUAAUAUAAGUUGUCUGUGUUGCUUGCUUCAAACAAGCAUUGAAUCUGCGUUAUUUAUUAUUAUAUAACCCAGAGGAUUAUCAAUAAUUAUUUUACAUCCAGACCUGUACAGACUAUCUUGUGAUCCAAACCUGUACAGACUAUCUUGUGAUCCAAACCCGUACAGAAUAUAUCGCGAUCCAAACCUGUACAUCUAUCUUGUGAUCCGAUCCUGUACAUCUAACUAUCUUGUGAUCCAAAUAUGUACAGACUAUCUCAUGAUCCAAAGAUGUACAGACUAUCUCGUGAUCCAAACAGACUUUCUAUUGUGAUCCAAGACUUGACCAUAUUGAAUGUUAUCUACUAGGUAGAUGGAGCAUGAUUUUUUUUGUUAAUGAUUUUGUUUUUAUUAAAUUAUUUUUAAUUCUU